AUGAAGCCAAGUACAGGAAAGAUAAAAAUCGCGAUCGACCGAGGAGGUACCUUCACAGACAUCUGGGCCAGCAUUCCGGGACAUCCAGACGUUGUCCUCAAAUUACUUUCUGUCGACCCAUCCAACUAUGAAGAUGCGCCCACAGAAGGCAUUAGGCGUGUGCUCUCCCUCUACUACGGCAAAGUGGUUCCGCGAGGCACCCCCCUUCCGAAGGCAGACCUUGAGUUUAUCCGCAUGGGAACAACCGUGGCUACGAAUGCGCUACUCGAACGAAAAGGCACUCGACACGCGUUUCUGGUGACAAAGGGAUUUCGCGAUCUGCUGGACAUCGGCUACCAGUCCCGGCCGCAACUCUUCGACCUCGACAUUGUCAAGCCGGCCGUGCUGUACGAUGAAGUUCGUGAGGUCAAUGCUCGAGUGACAAUUGAGGGAUUUGACGAAGAUGUCAAUGGCGAUUUCAAGUGCGAUGAAGAAAUUCCCGGAGUUCUUGUCCGUGGCACAAGCGGCGACAUGGUGCGGAUACUCAGACCGCUUGACGAGGAAGAAGUCCGUGACACUCUUAGCGACCUCCGUAAGAGCGGAGUUGACACUCUGGCUGUCUGCUUCACCCACUCCCAUGUAUUUCCUGACCACGAAGUUCGGGUAUACCAGAUGGCCCUAGACGAGGGCUUCACCCACGUAUCCUUGUCAUCUGCUGUCGCUGCAAAUAUGAUCAAGAUGGUACCGCGUGGGAGCUCCGCGUCGGCAGACGCAUACCUAACUCCAGAGAUUAAGAAAUAUUUGACAGGGUUUGUGCAGGGCUUUGAGGAUGGCAACCUGGAUGGUGUGAGAUGCGAUUUUAUGCGGUCUGAUGGAGGCCUGGUUAGCUACAACCACUUUAGUGGUCUGAAAGGAAUUCUGAGCGGGCCAGCAGGUGAGGGUAUAGCUAGUGGUGUGGUCGGCUACGCACGCACCACAUACAGUGAUAUAUCCAGGACUCCUGUAGUCGGCUUCGACAUGGGGGGUACAUCAACAGAUGUGUCACGGUAUGGAGGGCAUCUCGAGCAUAUAUUUGAGAGCACGACUGCUGGAGUGACGAUCCAGAGCCCACAGCUCGAUAUCAACACGGUCGCUGCAGGCGGCGGCUCCAUUCUGUCGUGGAGAAACGGCCUUUUCACAGUUGGUCCAGAGAGUGCAUCAUCGCAUCCUGGACCUGCCUGUUAUCGGAAAGGCGGGCCCUUGACAGUGACUGACGCGAACCUCUUCCUUGGUCGGUUACUACCCGAGUAUUUCCCCAAAAUAUUUGGCAGGGCAGAAAACGAGCCUUUGGAUGUUGACGUUGUUAGGCGGAAGUUUGAUGAAUUGACAGCCACUAUUAACUCCGAAACAGGAAGGUCCAUGAGUCCGCGGGAAGUAGCCUGUGGAUUCCUGGACGUUGCUAAUGAAUCCAUGUGUCGACCGAUCCGUGCAUUGACUGAAGGAAAGGGAUAUGAUAUAGGAAGACACAAUUUAUGUGUCUUUGGAGGCGCUGGAGGGCAACACGCGUGCGAUGUUGCACGCAAGUUGGGCAUCCCAACCGUGAUUAUUCACAAAUACUCGAGCAUUUUAUCUGCAUAUGGUAUGGCGCUCGCAGACGUGGUGGAAGAGGCGCAGGAGCCGGUUAACGAAAUAUUCGGGCAUGAAUCCUGUGGGAGACUCGACAACCGACUACUGCGUCUUCAAGAAAAGGUGUGCCAUCAGUUAAACGGCCAGGGUAUUGCAGAUGAUGAUAUGGUAUAUCAAAGAUAUCUCAACAUGCGCUAUCAGGGAACCGAAACGGCCAUCAUGGUACUCGAACCUCUGGACCGCGACUUCAAGGAGGAAUUCAAGAGGAUGCAUCUCCGGGAAUUUGCGUUUCUCUUCCCUGAUGACAGGCCUAUCCUUGUGGAUGAUGUACGAGUCCGAGGAAUUGGUUCUCGAGGACUUCAGAGAUCAGAUGGGCGGGUAGUGGAAGAGGAAUUAGGAAACCCAUCCUUCAACGCCGUAUUGUUGCAGACGGCAGAGCAGACGAUGCAGACAAGGGUCUAUUUCCGCCGGCAUGGGACGUGCCGUGCACCUGUAUUCCUACUGGAUAAACUGGCUCCCUUUACCCUCAUUGCUGGACCGGCUAUCAUCAUUGAUCAGACUCAGACCCUAGUGGUUGCCCCCGGUGCAGAAGCCAAGGUCUUGAGCAACCACGUAGUCAUACAGAUUAGACCUAUGUCACCUGGUGGAUUCUUCCGGGAUUCGAAAACUGUCGACAACAUUCAGCUCUCGGUAUUCGCGCACCGUUUCAUGAGUAUCGCUGAGCAAAUGGGCCGAGCCCUGCAGAAAACGGCCGUAUCAUUGAAUAUCAAGGAGCGUUUGGACUUCUCCUGCGCGCUUUUCGGGCCAGAUGGAGGCCUCGUGGCAAAUGCUCCCCAUGUGCCAGUGCAUCUAGGUUCCAUGAGCUACGCAGUCAAAUACCAACACAAUCUUCACAAAGGGAAGCUUGCUCCUGGAGAUGUACUGGUGGCUAACCAUCCUGAGGCAGGCGGUACUCACCUGCCAGAUAUCACCGUGAUAACUCCGGUUUUCGACAAGGCCGGAACCGAGAUCGCGUUCUAUGUGGCUUCCCGUGGACACCACACCGAUAUAGGAGGCCUUGGUGGUACGUCCAUGCCACCCAACUCCACCGAAUUAUGGCAGGAGGGCGCUGCAAUCAGGUCGUUCAAGCUGAUUCACGCGGAGAAGUUCGACGAAGACGGAAUCACACAAAUGCUUCGCCGUCCCGGCGAGUAUCCAGGAUGCAUAGGAAGCAGGCAUAUACCGGACAAUAUCUCCGACCUCAAGGCCCAGGUCGCUGCAAAUCACAAGGGCAUGAAUCUAGUGCGAUCUCUGAUCGAUGAGUUUACUCUCCCAAUGGUGCAGUUGUACAUGAAGGCUAUCCAGUCCAACGCUGAAUGGGCCGUCAGGAGAUACCUUCGUUCCGUUCUCACGCAGAUGGGUCCUCGCCUGUUGUCGGAAGACCAGAUGGAUAAUGGGUCGUUAAUCAAGCUCGCCAUUACAAUUUCCGCUGAUGGCUCAGCGGUAUUUGACUUUACAGGGACCGGUUGUGAACUGCUUGGCAAUAUCAACGCACCCCCGGCCAUCACUCACUCCGCUAUCAUAUACACCUUGCGUCUCCUCAUCGGUACCGACAUUCCCCUGAAUCAGGGCUACCUUGCGCCGAUAGAGGUCAUCCUUCCCAAGGGUACAUUCUUGAACCCAUCCUCCGGACCCGCAGUCUGUGCAGGAAACACCCAAACCUCCCAGCGAAUAGUGGAUGUCAUCCUCAAGGCCUUCCGCGCGGCGGCAGCCUCCCACGGCUGUAUGAACUGUAUAGGGUUCUUUGGCGAGGGUGGGACGGAUUCCGAAGGGAAGAAGCUCACCGGAUAUGCUUAUGCAUUCGGAGAGACGAUCUGUGGUGGGUCCGGGGGAACGCCUGCCCGGGCCGGGGCUUCGGGCGUGCAUACGCAUAUGACCAACACCAGGAUUACUGAUCCCGAGAGCCUGGAGAAACGUUAUCCGGUUAUCCUUCGGGAGUUCGCCAUCCGCCCCGGCACCGGAGGAAAAGGCAUGCACAGGGGCGGCGAUGGUGUGGUCCGAGACAUCGAGUGCCGGGCUCCACUAAGCUUCAGCGUCAUCACAGAGCGACGUAGUGUUGCUCCGUACGGGAUGAACGGAGGCGAGUCAGGAGAGCGCGGGGCGAACUACUGGGUCCGGAGGGUGAAGACUGAUGAAGGGGAGGAAUGGCGAUGGAUUAACAUGGGCGCAAAGAACAUGGUGCGCAUGGAGGCAGGUGAUCGUUGUGUAAUUCACACUCCCGGCGGAGGUGGAUGGGGAAAGGUUGGUAUGGACGACACAACGGAUGGGAUUGAUGGGUACUCUAUUCAAUACCCUCGAGCGGCAGGGAGUGUGGCUGCCUUCCUAAUGGCGCAGGAGAGAUCUGCGUGA